UCAUCUAAUCUAUAAUUUCAAUAACAAUAACAAGUUAACAAAAGUUUAAUUAUUAUGUCAAACUUAUUGUUCACAUUUCACAAAACGUAAUUGAUUUCUAAACGUCUUAACACAAUACAAUGCAAAAUGUGAGAUGUAUAUUGUUUUAAAAAUAUUGUCAAGAUGACCGAAUGCAAGAUUCCUGUAUUUGUUAGUCCUCAAUCUUUAACUUUUAGUUUGGAUGAAAAGUCAUCACACAGUCAAAUUAUAACUCUAUUUAAUCCAUAUGACUUCCCUGUCAGAUUUAAAGUUUUUUGUACAUGUACAAAAAAGUAUACUGUGGUUGAACCUGAGGGUUCAAUAAAUGCCAGUUCUCGAGUGGACAUAGUAGUGAGGCAUAACGCUCCUGCACCAGCGUUCUGUGAUAUCAGAGAUAAGUUUCGAAUACAAAUGCAAUAUUAUACAACUAAAAAAGUGAUUGGACACAAAGAUGUUGAAACUGUAUUAGUAAGGUCUUCAAACCAUUUUGAACUUCCUGCUGAAAAUUUUAAACAAUUACUCAAAUGUGAUUCAAUCAUAGAUAGUUAUGAUAAUGAAUCUGAAAUAAGACAAAGUUACAGUAAAAAUGCUUCAGGGCCAAAUUUUACUACACUAAUUAUGGCUGGAGUAUGUAUUUGUGGAUUACUAUUACCAUCAUCUGAAGAUACAGAUGUUCUUAAGUUUCGUAUUUCUUUCAAUUUGAAGUUAGCAUUGGCUUUUGUAUUGGGUAUGACUACAAUAACCAUAUUGCAACAUUAAUAAUGUACAGGGAUAUUUUUUACCUACCAAUAAGGUGUCUGCUGGAUUAAGAAUAGAUAUGAUCUUUUUUUUUUGAAAAAUUAUAUCUGAAAGCUUUUAACUAAAUUUAAAAUUAUGAGAUAUCCUCCUUUAUAU